UGCUGAAAUCAGCUGUUGGUUACGAAUCUGUGUUCUGUGCAAGAGCAAGAUGUUUGGAAAAGUUUUAAAGUUAUUAAAUGGCCAUAGAACGCAUAAUCUUCUACUGAUUAAUGUACGUAACCUGAACGCCGCCAGCCAAACCCAUGGAGCAGUCUCCGCCACGCCGCCGCCCCCAACCAGUGAGGCCGAACGCCAAGAGGAGACGUCGCAGACGCAAUCCCUGCAAAAGUCUCUGCACAUUGCUGUCAUUGGAGUACCCAAUGUGGGAAAGAGCACGUUCAUCAACAACAUUAUAAACCAUAGAGUUUGUCCCACUUCGGCCAAGGUGCAUACCACACGCAAAUCACAUUCAGCCAUUUGCACAACGGGACAGACACAAUUGGUGUUUCACGACACUCCCGGCUUGGUGACACAACGCGAGAUAAGAAAGCAUAAUUUAGAGCAGAGCUUCAAGAGCUCCUAUCGCCAUGCCAUACAGAACGCCGACGUUAUCGCCGUAAUGCACGAUGCCUCGAAUAGUUGGACACGCAAAGAAUUGCAUCCAACUGUUUUGGAUACCUUGAAGGCGUACGCUAAUCUGCCAAGUUUUCUCAUACUGAACAAGAUUGAUGUACUGAAAUCGAAGCGUGUCCUUUUGGAUUUAAUCAAAACCUUGACCAAUGACACGCUUACGGGCAAGAGAUCGACCAAGGGUGUGCCUGUGCGAAAUGAUGUGGAGCAAGUGGAACCAGCCGUAGACACACGUCUAAGGCAACGUACAACCAAUUGGAGUCACUUUCACGAUGUUUUCCUAGUGUCAGGCUUAACUGGAAAUGGUCUGGAUGAGUUGCAGGACUAUCUGCAGGACUUGGCCAAGCCAAGAGCGUGGAAAUAUGCCUCAGAUGUUCAUACAGAUGCCAGCCCCGAAGCCCUAAUUGUGGAGAGCGUACGUGCCCGCCUGCUGGACUAUUUACCACAGGAGAUACCCUACAAUUUAAAAUGCGAGCUGGAAUACUACAGCGUGGAGAAAAAUGUCAUUUAUACUUCGGUUCAAGUGCAGUGUCCCACUCAACGCAUAGAGCGCUUGAUUUGCGGUGAAUCUAAUGGCAAACUACGACAAAUUACGGAACGUGUUACUUCCGAUUUGGUGGAGAUGUUUGGUCAGGCUGUUUCUCUGACCAUUUCCACAUUCGCGACGACAGGCAAGAAAUCAAAUUAACGUUGCUCUAUAGUAUCUAUUAAUUUUUAAUCAAAACAAAAUAAAAGAAAAAACAACUAUAACAAUUUCAAGUGCUUAA